AUUCCGCCAUGCCGCAAGCCGAGGCGGCUGUCAUGAGCGCCCGCAUCAACCACCUGCGCAACCCUGGCGCGACGCUCUACAAGACAACCACCGUGCGUCAUCUAGGUCGCGUCGAGGCCAAACCGAACGCGGCUCUCAUUGCCGACAACGCCGUUGUGGAAGCGUUUGGCGCCGACAAGUGUCCCAAGCUGGCUCAACUCCUCAAGGAAGAGAACGAAAAUACGCUUUUGCAUGCACUGCGCUGCAUCGCGGGCGUGCUCAAGAUGCCGACAGACGUGGUCAACAGCACCCACGACGAACACCACGUGCUCGAGCCGCUCGGCAACCUCGUGUACCACAACAACGCCGCGAUCCGCCGCUUGGCGGCGACGGCCCUGCGCGUCUUUGCGUCCCACGCCGUCGGGCGCGCCGAGCUUGUCCGGUACCGAACGAUGCGCAAGAUUCUCAAGGUCUUUGGCCGCAACGACAACGAGCUCAUGGAGCCGCUCUUUGAUACAGCGCUGCAUGUGAGCUCGACCAUGUCGGGCGUCCGCGAGAUGAGCCAACACGGGUACCCGGCGGUCAUUCUCGAGAAGCUCAAGCGUGAUGCGUCCGACAGCAUCCGCGUGCGCGCGCUCCAGCUCCUCAAGGCGUUUGUGAACGACGGGAUUCCCAGCACUGUCCUGCACAUCGUCGAGCUCGGCGGUGUCGACGCAGUCGCCAAGUUUAUCCACUCAAAGAACAAAGACGUGCGCACGGCGGCGCUUCAAACCACCGGCGCGAUGCUCUACUUGGAGCAAGGACGUAAUAGCGCGAUGCUCAAUGGCGUCGCCAAGAAGCUUUGCGGCGUGCUCCAAGACCGAGACUCGUCUGUGAGCAUUGUCGCCGCGGGCGCGCUCAUGGUCCUCGCAGUCCACGACGGCGCCAAGCGCGAGAUCUACGAGCUCGGCGCCCACACGGGCUUUCUCGCGCUCUUACAUCGCCCCGAGUACGGCGUCCAGCUCAAUACGCUCAAGCUCGUGACGGUCCUCGCCGCGCACCCGCUCGCGCGCGACGCCAUGCGCACCAAGCAAAUGGAAAAGACAAUGCGCGACAUGACCGAAGAUACGAACGAGCUGCUCGCACGCUCGGCCAAACUCGCGCUCCGGGCUGUGCUAUGGACGCCGUAAUACCAGCUCUCAACAACAUUAUACAGACUCCGUUGGC